AUGACAAUGUCGCAUAAGAAGAUGGCUACAGGCACAUCAAAGAGAGUUAAGACCCUUUCUGUAACGAGACCGAUCGUCUAUGGUAAUACUGCAAAGAAGCUUGGUGAAAUCAAACCCCCCAAUGCUCCAGCUGAACACACACAUAUAUGGACUAUUUUUGUAAGGGGACCUCAAAAUGAAGAUAUCUCCUACUACAUCAAGAAAGUGGUAUUUAAGCUGCACGAUACUUAUCCCAAUGCUACCAGGACUGUAGAAGCACCGCCAUUUGAAUUGACAGAGACGGGUUGGGGUGAAUUUGAAAUUAACGUCAAAAUACAUUUCGUUGAUGAAGCAAAUGAAAAGAUGUUGAGCUUUUAUCACCAUUUGAGACUACAUCCCUACCACAACGUUAAUCCAGAUAGUCCGCAACAGCCUGAUGAUGAGAUUUCUUCAGUUUUUUAUGAUGAGAUAGUGUUCAAUGAACCCAACGAGCAAUUCUUCAAAACUCUGUUGAGUACACCUGGUAAUUUACUGCCGUCUAACAAAUCUGAUUCAUGUGCGUUCUCUAAACAAUUAGAGCAGGAAGAAAUUGAUAGGAUAAAUUUGGGUAUAAAACAGGUAGAUUCAGAGAUUGAAGAACUAAAGGCCAAGGUAAAUAAACAAUUAAAGGAAUGA